GCCCCGGGCCUCGCCCCCGCGGGAGAGCCGCCUGGAGUCGGCAGGGGCUGGCCAGGCCCACGGGGAGGCCGGCCCGCGCCCCUUGAGCUACAGACACCAGGGCGCUCACCAUGGCCCCGCCACUCCUGCUGCUGCUGCUGGCCAGCGGAGCGGCCGCCUGCCCACUGCCCUGUGUCUGCCAGAACCUGUCUGAGUCGCUCAGCACCCUCUGUGCCCACCGAGGCCUGCUGUUUGUGCCGCCCAACGUGGACCGGCGCACAGUGGAGUUGCGGCUGGCGGACAACUUCAUCCAGGCCUUGGGGCCGCCAGACUUCCGAAACAUGACGGGGCUGGUGGACCUGACGCUGUCCCGGAACGCCAUCACCCGCAUCGGGGCCCGCGCUUUCGGGGACCUGGAGAGCCUGCGCUCCCUGCACCUGGACGGCAACAGGCUGGUGGAGCUGGGCUCCGGCAGCCUCCGCGGCCCCGUCAACCUGCAGCACCUCAUCCUCAGCGGCAACCAGCUGGGCCGCAUCUCGCCUGGGGCCUUCGACGACUUCCUGGACAGCCUGGAGGACCUGGACCUGUCCUACAACAACCUGCGGCAGGUGCCCUGGGCGGGCAUCGGCGCCAUGCCCGCGCUGCACACCCUCAACCUGGACCACAACCUCAUCGACGCACUGCCCCCGGGCGCCUUCGCCCAGCUCAGCCAGCUCUCCCGCCUCGACCUCACGUCCAACCGCCUGGCCACGCUGGCCCCCGACCCGCUCUUCUCCCGGGGCCGCGACGCCGAGGCCUCGCCUGCCCCCCUGGUGCUGAGCUUCAGCGGGAACCCCCUGCACUGCAACUGCGAGCUGCUGUGGCUGCGGCGGCUGGCGCGGCCCGACGACCUGGAGACGUGUGCCUCCCCGCCGGGCCUGGCCGGCCGCUACUUCUGGGCCGUGCCUGAGGGCGAGUUCUCCUGUGAGCCCCCGCUCAUCGCGCGCCACACGCAGCGCCUCUGGGUGCUGGAGGGCCAGCGGGCCACACUGCGGUGCCGGGCCCUCGGCGACCCCGCGCCCACUAUGCACUGGGUCGGCCCUGACGACCGGUUGGUUGGCAACUCCUCCAGAGCCCGGGCUUUCCCCAAUGGGACCCUGGAGAUUGGGGUGACGGGCUCCGGGGAUGCAGGGGGCUACACCUGCAUUGCUACCAACCCUGCCGGCGAGGCCACAGCUCGGGUCGAGCUCCGCGUGCUGGCCCUGCCCCACGGCGGGAACGGCAGCGCGGAGGGGGGCCGCCCGGGGCCCUCGGACAUUGCUGCCUCGGCCCGCACCGCCGCCGAGGGCGAGGGGACACUAGAGUCUGAGCCAGCUGUGCAGGUGACGGAGGUGACUGCGACCUCAGGGCUGGUGAGCUGGGGGCCGGGGCGGCCUGCAGACCCCGUGUGGAUGUUCCAGAUCCAGUACAACAGCAGUGAGGAUGAGACCCUCAUCUACCGGAUUGUCCCGGCCUCCAGCCACCACUUCCUGCUGAAGCACCUCGUCCCCGGUGCCGACUAUGACCUCUGCCUGCUGGCCCUGUCACCUGCCGCUGGGCCUUCCGACCUCACAGCCACUAGGCUGCUGGGCUGUGCCCACUUCUCCACGCUGCCGGCUGCACCCCUGUGCCACGCCCUGCAGGCCCACGUGCUGGGCGGGACCCUGACCGUGGCCGUAGGGGGUGUGCUGGUGGCUGCCUUACUGGUCUUCACUGUGGCCUUGCUGGUUCGGGGCCGGGGGGCCGGGAACGGCCGCCUCCCCCUCAAGCUCAGCCACGUCCAAUCCCAGACCAAUGGAGGCCCCAGCCCCACGCCCAAGGCCCACCCACCACGGAGCCCACCACCGAGGCCGCAACGCAGCUGCUCCCUGGACCUGGGAGACGCCGGCGGGUGCUACGGUUACGCCAGGCGCCUUGGAGGGGCCUGGGCCCGGAGGAGCCACUCUGUGCAUGGGGGGCUGCUCGGGGCAGGGUGCCGGGGGGUGGGGGGCAGCACGGAGCAGCUGGAGGAGAGUGUGGUGUGAGGGGAAGGGAGUGAGCCCGGGGUGGGCUGGGGAAGGGGCACAGGGCCUGGGACCAGCAGCUGCUGGGCCCGGUGGGUCAGCACGGCCUGGGAGUCCCUCCUGAUUUUACCCUUGGUACCUCAGGCCUCCUUUGUACUUGGCAGGACAAGGGGCCCUUGCCCCAGUUCUGGCCUCCAGGCCCGCAUUCCUCUGACGGGUGCUCACAGCCGCCGAGGCAGGGCUGCAGCCACCAAGCGGGAGUCUUGUUUUUCUUUAUAAUAAAAUUGUUGCGUACA